AUGGAUAUACGAAAGAAGAAACGCAAGGUCCUACUUAUGGGCAAAAGUGGGUCUGGAAAGUCAUCUAUGCGCUCCAUCAUAUUCAGCAACUACGUAGCCAAGGAUGUCCGCCGCCUAGGAGCUACGAUCGAUGUGGAGCACAGCCAUGUCAAGUUCAUGGGAAGCCUGACCUUGAAUCUCUGGGAUUGCGGAGGUAUAUGGGACCAAUCCUUGUAUAAGGCAUGGGCGGGAAUCGUCCACAAACUCAUCCCGAACCUCUCCGUCAUCGAGCGAUUCCUGCAAGCUUUCGCGCAGAAGAUUGAGGCGGAAGAGGUCAUUUUGUUUGAGCGCUCGACAUUCCUCACCGUCACAUCCGUCGCGUCGGAAGUCGGCCGUUUGAACCCUAUAUUUGACCGCCACGAGCGUCUCUCGAAUAUCAUGAAGGCUUUCAAGCAUUGCGCUGCGAGGAAUACACAUACUACACCGGCCUCGGCGAGCUUUUUGGUUAUGCACACUAAAACUCCUCAGUUUAAUGUGUUCCUGGGCCGGUUCACCGAUAAUACAUAUAUAUUCGUCGUUGUACCACCGGGCGAAGCCGCUUAUAACUGUGCUGUUCUUAAUACCAUGCUCGCUCGUGAAGGAUUUCGCAAAUCGUCAACGCCAGGUGGUGGCGAUGGGUUUCCCUUAUCAUAUGCCGACCCUCCUCCCCGUGGCAGUUUACCCCUCAAUGUUUUCUCUCUGGAUUACUACGGGUUCGGUGGUUUUGUUUGCCAUGAGGUAGAUUUUCUAGGCAAUUUGCGCAUUAUGCUGGAGCGUUGCUUGUCUGCGCAGCGCAUUAACCCCAUCAUGGGAAAUAUAGCCUCUAUUCCAACGGGAUGUCGGAUUUAUUUGGCUCCUUCGAAAUCUGGUAGAAGAACCUCCUACCUAAACUGUGAGCCAUGCAUGUAUCGACCGACGCCCCUUGCUCGGUUGAGAGACUUAGGAAAAACGAACGGGUUUAAAAAGAUCCGAUUGUUCUACAUCUAUGAGAAUUGGUAA